CACACAUUUGGCACGUGCGAUCCGAAUUCGUAAAGGGCAUUGCCGGGUUCCCUGGGUCCAAGUGACCUUCAUCGAAAUGACAUAUUAAUUAAGCACUGUUAAAUCUAAAGUAUUUUGUAUAAUUUUUAUUUUUGAUUUUAAGCUUAAAAUCUUUUCAGAUUUUCGAUCAACUGUUCUUUCCACCAGCCUAUCAAAAAAUAUUAAACAAAAAAUCCAAAAAUUUAAUUCGAAAUUCCAAAAACCUUCAAAGAUGAGCCAUUUGGACGAAUGCGCCCAGGACCGCCACUUUGCCAGCCAGUUACGGAACUUGCGAUUGUACUGUAAGGAGCACCCAGUCCGCCAGGAGGACUUCGACAUAAUUCAGCUAUGGAUAAAACGUUUUCAGGAAGUGAAGGGACUUGAAAAAUUCGCCAGGAACUGCAUGAUGAUGCUGAUGUAUGAACAGGUUAGGGAGACUGGCAGCUUGGGUAAUCCUUUUACGGAAUUGGACUACUUAAACCAUUCCAUGGAUGAUUUGCUAAGCGGUUACGAUGCGACGGUGUUGGACGAACCGCCGGUGGUUAAAAAUGUUAAUACGGAAAGUAACGCCUCAAGCUAUGGAGGUGGAAGCAGUCGAUUCUCUCAGGAAACUGCCGCCCAGGAACCCCUUCCACUUCACGAAUUCGAAAGAAUUAAACAGGCAAACCAAGAUCUCCUCAAAGAGAUCGACUCGAUGCACAUCUGUGCAUUAAAAACGGAGAAGUAUUACAGGGGCAGGAACCAAAUAAUAGCGAAGGAAGUGGAGGAGAAAUCCGUUACUAGCAGAUCUGAGCUUCUCAAGGAGAACAUAUAUAAGUCGUGCCGCACGGCUAUUGAUCUUUUGAAGACUUGGCCGGGCGACAAGGGCCGACUCAACUUCUUCGCUACCUGCCUAGAGCCUUUCUUGCGGAACGAUCUGGUUAGCAGAUUAAUGAUCUCUGAAUUGGAUCUCAGUUUUGAGGAUAACUUGAACAGUUUGGUGUUCCAGGCCUGCUCUCGGAGAGACGACAACGUACGCAUGCUUUAUGACCAUAUCUUGAGGAAUGACAAGGUUGGUCUCAAGGAAAAAGAGGCCAAGCUGCGGCAGCUACAGGAAUCCAUUAAUGUUGAGCGUCAAAGAUUGCGAGAACUUUCUGAGGAUUUAAUUAUGAGGCAUCAAGCAAUUGUCACACUAGCAGUAACAGGACUUCCAUUACAAGACCUAGGCAGUCCUGGCAUCUCAAAAUUACAUGCAAAUGUGGAAAAUCUAGAAGCGCCGAAGAUCUGGAAAAGUUAUCCGAUGCACUCAGCGAGCUGUCCGUAGAAAAAUAGUAAUCGUCUUAGAAAUACCCCACACACAUUUCUAUAUACUUCCCAUUUUCUUGUUCGAAUCAAUAAAUCGUUGAGUUGUUUUGAAAA